GAGGCUGUAGUGUUCCUGUUUGCAGUCACUGUUUCGUCAGAUUGUUUUCUUUAUUUUAGGAUUUUCCCCCAACGGCUUUACAGGAACACGUCGUGCACAGGUUGUGUCGAAGGUUCGAGUCAUCCGGUCUCCAGACUUGUGAGCAGGAUGGGACACACACGCCUAAACUCAGUGACCGUGACCCGAACGGUCCUUAUCGCUGCUGUACCUCAGACCCGACAGGUGGGCGGAACCCCGUCCCUUAUCGCCUUUGAUAAACACCGAGUGACCCAGAUCCGCGGACUGACCCAGAUCUUGUGAGCCCAUCAGCGGAGUUGCACCUGGAGCCAAACUCGUGCGAUCCAACACCAACGGGCGACUGUUGUCUCCCUGAUGGUCAUGAUGACGAUGAUAACUACUGUCAUCAUCCUCGACCAACACGAUCAGCCAGACCUGCAUCAUCAUCAUCAUCAUCAUCAUCAUCAUCAUCAUCCUCAACCUGCAUGAUCACCUCCACCAUCAUCUUCAGCGGAUGAUGCAACACUGGCUGAGGAGUAACGGGAUCACUUGGGCGGAGUUUGUUCCCGCGCUAUAAAAGUUGGGAGAAGUUGUUGUCGCGCACAUCAGACGUUUCAUCUGACUUUCCGAAACCCAGAUUACCAGAAGUACCAUGAGUCACGUCGACGUGAAGAACAUCAAGCCGAGCAGCUUCGAGGACGAGUACUAUGAUGAGUACGAGUACUACAACCUGAGCGAUAAGUACACAGAGGGAUCGGCCCGGAAAGGCCGAAGCAAGAAGGAGGCGAGCGACAACACGAACCGACCGAAUCCCGGAGGACACGAGCGCAAGAUCGUGGAGAAGCUCCAGAACAGCGAGAAGAAAGCGAAGGAGUGAGCAGACGAGGUGACGUCAAGUGCUGACACGUUGUCAUAAACCGAGGUCCGAACUGUUUUGUCGAGCUGCUUGUAAUCGAUUUUAAAAGUUCUCCGCCGUCAUGCAUAUCACGGAUGCAGUUCCGUACCGCCAGUCCACGUUGGCAGUUUGUAGAUGUCGCUGCUGCUCUGCCACGUGACGUGAGUUUUCAAAACAUCACGUCGGAGGGCGCUGACCACUCUGGCUGAGGCAUCUGUCGGCACUCCAGAAACAUUGCUUGUAUAACAACCCCCACCAGAUGAGCUGAUGUUUGUCUGACCUCAUCCAGGAGACCCUCGGACGGCACUCCCGGACACUGACCCUGGUCUCCACGGUGAUGGACAGAGACGAGCUACAGGACCAGCGAGCUGGAAGCUGGGGGGCCCGGCCCUGAGGCCACCGUCCUCCUGCAGGCACGUCUGUGGUGGCGACCACGCGACCUCAUGCUCGUUGUUACUUGUUGAUUAAAGUUUUUUUUUACUGGU